AUGCUGGGCCCCCGCGGCGUGACGCAAGCACGGCAGCUCCGCCCCCUGCGUCUCUGGCCUCGCCGGUCUUGUGGGGGGGAUGGUUCUAUCAUGGCGUCAAUGCAGAAACGACUACAGAAAGAACUGUUGGCUUUGCAAAAUGACCCACCUCCCGGAAUGACUUUAAAUGAAAAGAGUGUUCAAAAUUCAAUUACACAGUGGAUUGUAGAUAUGGAAGGUGCACCAGGUACCUUAUAUGAAGGGGAAAAAUUUCAACUUCUAUUUAAGUUUAGUAGUCGAUAUCCUUUUGACUCUCCUCAGGUCAUGUUUACUGGUGAAAAUAUUCCCGUUCAUCCUCAUGUUUAUAGCAAUGGUCAUAUCUGUUUAUCCAUUCUAACAGAAGACUGGUCCCCAGCGCUCUCAGUCCAAUCAGUUUGUCUUAGCAUUAUUAGCAUGCUUUCCAGCUGCAAAGAAAAGAGACGACCACCAGAUAAUUCUUUUUAUGUUCGAACAUGUAACAAGAAUCCAAAGAAAACAAAAUGGUGGUAUCAUGAUGAUACUUGUUGAUGCCACUGUUAUCAUCCUCCUAGCAGAAGAUAGUCCUACUGAGAAAAUGAGCACUUUGAUCAUUCAGUCUUUGAACUUUAACGUUUGACUGGAAGUGACCUAUAGGCAAUGAAGACUACUUCCUUUUACUGCAUUUUUACUCGUGUGCAUUCUGGGCGCAUGUUGAUCGCUGGUUCAGUCCAGGCAACUGACAUGCUUUUAUUAGUCAUACAGUAUUAAUGCAGGUGUCAGGAAAUGUCAAAUAUAAUUCCAUUUUUUAUUUUUAUUUUUUUAAGCUUUUGGAAAAGUUCCAGGUCCUCAUGUAUUGUGCAAUAACAAUGACUUCCUUGGCGGUUUUGGGACGUUCAUUGCCGGCAAUGGACGUUGUAACAGGAAAAAUUUUCAUUAACUCCUGCCACCCAAUGAUUAAUGCAUGAUAGGGCCUAUGAAAUGAACUUAUCAGUUAGAGUGGGAUUAUAAAUAAAGUGAGGGAUCCAAUAUUACUUUGAAAGUCACCCCAACUGCUUAUAUUUGGAUUCUAUGCACUGUGAACCUAAGGUUAACAGCAUGAAUUAACAUGCGUCUUUAAAGGACUGUAAUGAAAGAUCAUUGCGUAUUUAUUGAAUUGUUUAUAUCUGCUGUCAAAUUGUUUUGACAUGGAUAGUUUUCAAGUGACAUUGGCAGAGAGGUACAAUAUGUUAUCCCUAUGGUGAAAAUGAAUUCAUUUGUUGUAUAUAGUUCCUCAGUCUCUGAAGUAAAGGUGUGAGUAAUAUAGGGUAUGAAUGGUUUAAUCAAGGCUUUAUUUUGGAAGUAAGAAAAAUGGCAGUGACGAGUAAACUGCUGCAGUCCAUGAAUUGGGCUUGUCGUUUGUACGUGAACGAUUUUCCCCGGCAGAUGACACUCUGCUACUUCCUGCUAGCCGUCAGCAUGAGCCCUGCUGCCUCGACACUAUUUCAUUUAUUUGUGUUCGGAAAAUCCAUAAACAUUUUUGUUUGCAGUUUUGUUUCUUUUGUUAUGUUAAGUCAAGUUUGAAUGUUACAGUACUUUAAUUGAAAAACUUUUGUCAAUUUUUUUCUUGUAAAUUUUCUUUACUUGUAAGUAUCAUCUUGUCCUUCAAUCCUGUACCCUAAAAUAAGAAAUACAUUUUUGACAGAGGCUUAAUGUUUUAACAAAAGAGUGUGGACAUUUUUAUUUUAAAAUUUAGGCAGAAGUACACUAUAGAAUGAUAUGUUUGCUUAUUUGUCUCACACAACCAUACAGUUUUGUUCUGGAGGGAUUUGUUUUGUUUUGCUUUGUUUUGUUAUUUAAGACUUUGCUUACAGCUAGAUAACAUUUUUCUAUAGGAAAAAAAAAAUUGAAAGGUCCAACUCUCAAUACCAUGUAAGUUAAUGAUACUGCAACUAGGUUCUCUUUUUAAAAAGCAAUUAAUGUAUUUUAUAAAUUACCUUUUCACAUAUGCAAAA